UUGGCGGCUUAGUAGGGUUCUGCGUGCUACCAAAAACCUUACCGCUACGCUCUAGGCAAAAGCGCUAGUUACUUGUAGCCGUUGCAGCCGGGGAAUUGGAGUGGCCAACGAAAACGAUGAUGGUGCAAAUAUCCGUUCGGCAGCCUCUAUAGUCGAUAGUUCGCCAGUCGCGCGCAUCAGUUACCGGACGCAUCACCCAGCGUACAGUUGUGUUUCGCCAAGGCUUGGUCUCCGCGGUAAAAAUCAUAAGCUGCUAUCGAAAGGCCUGAAAAGCGUGAAACGCACCUCAAUCGCACCAUGGCCGGUAGUCCCUUCGACAACAUCAACCCUGAAGUGUAUCGUGCGUACGUCUUCUGGUCGGCGGUUUUGUUGGUGAAGCUGUUCUGCAUGGCUCCGUUGACCGCCUUCAAUAGGUUCAAGAACAAGGCAUUCGCUAACCCAGAGGAUACCAACGCUAUCAGCAGGAAGCUGAAGCCCAAGCUGGACGAUCCCGAUGUAGAGCGUGUGCGAAGGGCCCACCUGAACGACCUGGAGAACAUUCUGCCGUUCUUCGUCGUCGGUUUCCUGUACCUGCUCACCGAUCCGGUACCGUUCCUGGCAAUCAACCUCUUCCGGCUGGUGGCCGUGUCGCGCAUCGUGCAUACGCUCGUCUACGCGGUCUUCGUCGUGCCUCAACCGGCCCGGUUUCUGGCGUACAUGGGCGCCAUGGGGCCAACCGCGUACAUGGCGCUCCAAACACUCCUGCACUUCUUGUAGUGGGGCCCCAUGCCCUACGGUGGUGGUAUGUCUCCACGAAUGAUUGCUGUAAUAUCGUUGAUAAUAAAAUCAGGCGCCAUUUGGGCAUGAACCUUAA